AUGUGUAAAUUGAUCGUAGAUGUGCUGAUUAUGUUCAAGGCUCGUCGUGCAUUGUGUAUUGUGUUAAAUAUCAUACAUAAUGUUCUGGGACUUCCCGAUACCUGCGUUUACCAAAACCAGGUACGUUCCUGCCGACUAUCGUUCACCUGUUGGUUGGAAGGAGGCCGACAUGUAUCCGGAUGUGGGGAAAAUCGAUGGCUCAUGUCCUGCUGUGUGUACGAGAAUGAACAAUCGAACACCAUCAUUGCGCCGAAGGUGGCGUACGCCGGCCCAAUGGUACCAGUUCCAAUAAUCCAACCCAUCGUCCCGGUUAGGUCCCCUGGGCCAAAUAUGAUAGCUUCAUCGCAAAGCUACGGCAUGAAAAAAAGCUUCUUUCAUCGCCGCUCGGAUCAGCUGAUGCAGAACGAAUGUGGCAUACCACAAACAUCUCAAAACACGUUACAAAAGCGCAUCAUUGGAGGACGUACGGCAAACUUUGCGGAGUAUCCCUGGCAAGCGCACAUUCGAAUAGCGGAAUAUCAGUGCGGUGGAGUUCUCGUAUCUCGUCGGUUCGUAGCCACGGCUGCGCACUGCAUACAACAGGCCCGUUUGAAAGACAUCCUGAUAUAUCUCGGUGAACUGGACACACAAAACUCGGGCAAAAUUGUUGAACCCCUGCCGGCAGAAAAGCAUCGCGUGGAGCUGAAGAUUGUCCAUCCGAAGUUUAUCUUCCGUAUGACGCAACCCGAUCGGUACGAUCUGGCGCUUCUCAAGCUUACCCGCCCGGCCGGCUACAAGUCACACAUACUGCCCAUCUGCUUACCGAUGCGCCCGCUGGAGUUAGUUGGCCGGAAGGGCAUCAUUGCUGGAUGGGGAAAAACCAAUGCCAACAUGGGUCAAACAGGAACAAACAUCUUACGAACGGCGGCCGUUCCUAUCAUUAGUACAAAAGAAUGCUUGCGAUGGCACAGCAGCAAAAAGAUCAACGUGGAGCUGUUCAAUGAGAUGUUCUGUGCCGGCCAUUCCGAUGGUCAUCAGGACGCUUGUUUGGGAGAUUCGGGUGGACCGUUGAUCAUCAACGAUCGUGGACGGUACACGCUGAUCGGUAUUACCAGUGCCGGAUUCGGCUGUGGUGUUGACCACCAGCCAGGCAUCUACCACAAUGUGCAGAAGACUAUCAAAUGGAUACAGAGCGUAAUAUACACAUUUCCGCUGCGGCGAGUGCAUCUCGGUUGGAUCCUGUUGCUGGCCAGCGUCGUGUUUGCUGCCACCGUCACCGCAUCGGAACUCGCACGCAAUGGGCGACCGGAACGGGGCUUCACCAGUGCUAACGUACGCUUCAACGAGGUGCUGGACCGAGAAAAUUUGCGUUCGCUCAUCAGCCGGCAGCUACCGAAGCAGGGCCGAUUCUUCGAAGAGUUCGACGGAAUGGGUACGGUUUGUGGUCAAGGUGGACCAUCACCUCAGCAGGAACAGGAUAUCUUAAUAUUGGAUGCGCUUGGGAAGCGGCAGACAUUCAACAAUGAAGAUUAUGGUCAAAACUCCAUCAUUGAGCUGCUGGGUAGAAUGAUUCCACAAACAUGUCGUCACAAGGGACGUAAAUUCGAGUGCGGACUAUCACUCUCCUGUGUGCUCGGUGGUGGCAAACCGCUCGAUCUCUGUUCGGGCGGUAUGAUCUGGUCCUGCUGCAUCGAUCGCGACUUUGCACCGGAAAGUGAUCCCGAACAGGGUGCCGUCCACAAUGCCAGCUGCGGUGAGCUGUACACUCGCACCAACCGUAUCGUUGGUGGUCACUCGAGCGGUUUCGGUACACAUCCUUGGCAGGCGGCACUCAUCAAAUCAGGCUUUCUCACGAAGAAGCUUAGUUGCGGUGGCGCAUUAGUAUCCAAUCGAUGGGUCGUCACUGCAGCCCAUUGCGUCGCAACAACUCCGAACAGCAACCUCAAGGUGCGACUUGGUGAGUGGGAUGUUCGGGAUCAGGAAGAGCGUUUAACGCAUGAGGAGUACUCGAUCGAACGGAAGGAAGUGCAUCCAAACUACUCGCCGAGUGAUUUCCGGAAUGAUAUAGCUUUGGUAAAACUUGAUCGUAAGGUCGUGUUCCGACAACACAUACUUCCAGUCUGCUUACCACCCAAAACCGUGAAGCUGGUAGGGAAAAUGGCUACCGUUGCAGGUUGGGGACGAACACGGCACGGCCAGAGCACAGUUCCAUCGGUGCUACAGGAAGUCGAUGUGGAAGUGAUACCGAACGAACGAUGUCAACGAUGGUUCCGAGCGGCGGGGCGUCGUGAAACCAUCCACGAUGUGUUCCUGUGUGCCGGCUACAAGGAAGGAGGUCGAGACAGUUGCCAGGGAGACUCUGGAGGACCACUCACACUUUCGAUCGAGGGACGAAAAACGCUAAUUGGACUUGUGUCGUGGGGUAUUGGGUGCGGCAGAGAGCAUCUCCCCGGUGUGUACACCAACAUCCAGAAGUUUGUGCCCUGGAUCGAGAAGGUGAUGGGCAAGGAGUAUUAG